AUAUAAAAAUUUUAUUGAAAAAAAUUUUCAACAAAUGAAUAUUAACAGUAAUUUUAGUGAAAAAAUUAUCAAUUUAAUUGAAAAUUUUUUCAAUCAUCAGGUAAUCAAUGUUCAUACCGGUAAAGUACCAAAUAUUAUAAAGUUGGAACAACAAUUCAGUCGUUUAACAUCUCAGUUUAUACAAUACUCGUACGAAAACAAUCAAACAUCAUUUGAAUGUUAUAAUUAUCAAUCAUCAAUAUUAUUGAAUACUGAUAUGGAAUUAAUAUGUGCUUAUCAAAAUAUUUAUAAUGGAAAACAAAAUCUAUUAAAUUGGUUACAAAUAAAUUUUCGUAAUUUAAUUAUUACAUUUUUUGAUCGAAUUUAUUGUCCAAAACAAAAAUGUCGUUAUACAGAUGAUACAAUUAUACGUAUUGAAGCAUGUAAUCUAUUUGAUUUUAUUGAACAACAUUUAAAUUAUGAUCAACGUUUAUUAUAUCAAAUGAUUAUUCUACGAAUACAGCAACGAUUUCCAAUAUGUUGGAAUAAUAAAUUAAUACAGAUAUUAAAUACUGGUGGUAUAACAUCAUUACAAUAUGUUUUAAAACAAUUAUGUCAAAUUGAUGUACAAUUAACAUCAUUAAUGACCGGUAAAUUGAUAACAUUUAUACCAAACAUUAAUAAUAAUAAUCAUCAUCAACAACAAACAAAUAAUUUAUGGCAAAAAAGACAAGAUUUUAUCAUAUUAAAUAUAUUGACAUUUUAUUUGGCUUCUAUUGAACAAUUUUUGAUUCAUUAAUUAUUCAAUAAAUUCCAUAUUAGUAAUGACUUUUUGCAAUGAAUUAUUAGAUUUUUUGUUUUCUGUUUGUUUUCUGUUUGUAACUCUUUUGAUUGAAAUGAAAUAAAAUUCUUUAAAGAAUA